AUGCACGUGCCCGCGCCCGUGCAGCGCCGCGCCGCGCCCGCGGGACCCGUCGGGUCGCGCCCGGGCCUGCCGCGUCACGUGCUGCCCCGGCGCGUCAAGGGUGCGGUGGGAUCUCCGCGGCUGGGGGAGCGGUGCGGGAACGGAGGGCGGGUUUCGCGCGCGGGCGUGCGCACAUUCGCGCUCAAGGAGGAGAGGGAGGUGCAGGAGUCGGCGCCUGCGAAGCAGGGCGGGAGCACGGAGGGGGCAGCGCCGGAGCAGGAGACGUCCGAUCAGGUGCUGCUUCCAGCGGAGCCCGAGCUCGGCGACCUGGUUCUCGCGCUCGGGAUCGGCGGCGUGACGGGCGGGAGCGUGGUGGUGUUCAACGUGGUCAUCCACGCCAUCCAGGACCUCGCGUACAAGGGGCUGGAGAUCGAAGGCGGCGGUGCGUUGCGGUUGCUGGAGCAGAGCGGGCAGCUGGACCUGGGGGCGUACCUCCUGCUGGUGAUGGUGCCGGCGGCGGGCGGGUCGGUGGUGACGAUCCUGCGCGGGCUCGCGGGCGGGUUCGAUGGAGACACGCCGCUGAUCUCGGAGGGCCGGCCGGAGCCGUCCAAGACGAAGAAGGCUCUCCGGCCGCUGCUGAAGGCCACCGCGGCGGCGGUGACGCUGGGCACGGGCAACUCGCUGGGGCCCGAGGGUCCGUCGGUGGAGAUCGGGCGCAGCGUGUCGCGCGCGAUCGGGAAGACGGUGAAGAAGGUUUCGGGGUCGGUGCCGGACUCGACGGCGCUGCUGGCGGCCGGGUCCGCGGCGGGCGUGGCGGCAGGGUUCAACGCCGCGGUGGCGGGGGUGUUUUUCGCCAUUGAGACCACGCUCGCGCGGCGGGACAUGGCGGCGAAACCAGCGGUCAAGCCCGGCGAGACCCCGCAGGACGCGAACGUGACGAUCGUCAUGGUCCUGCUCACCGCCGUCACGGCGGCCGCGGUCGUCCAGGCGGGCCUGGGGUCGCAGCCGGCCUUCCGCGUGCCGUACUACCAGCUCACGACGCCGCUGGAGCUCCCGCUGUACGCGCUGCUCGGGCUCUUCUCCGGCGCCGUCGCGGUGCUCUUCAACUCGUCGUGCCAGCUCAGCGCGCGCGCCUGGAAGGCGGUGCAGCGUGCGGGCGUCCCCCGGUCGGCCUUCCCGGCCCUCGCGGGCGUCGUCACGGGCCUCGCGGCCCUCGCGUACCCCGAGGUGACGUACCAGGGCUUCGCGAACGUCAACGACGUGAUGAACAUCGCGUCCGGCGGACAGUCCAAGGCCGCGGCGGAGCUCGCGGCCAAGCUCGUGUCGGAGCAGCAGUCCUUCAUCGACGACCUGUUCGACCUCGUGCCGAAGGACCUCGCGAAGGCGCCGAACACGCCGUUCGUGUACGGGCCGGGGCUGCUGAUGCAAAUCGUGGCGGCCAAGGUCGUGACGACCAGCGUGGCGAAGGAGUCCGGGCUCGUCGGCGGGCUCUUCGCGCCGUCGAUCCUCAUGGGCGCCGCGCUCGGCAUGGCGUACGCCGGCGCGGUGAGCUCGGCGCUGAUCCCGCUGCUCAACACGGCGGACGGCGCGGCGGGCGCGGCGCCCGCGUGGCUCCAGUCCCUCCUCUCCGACCUCAACAUCCUCGUCCCGCAGAGCUACGGCCUCGUCGGCCUCGCGGCCGUGCUCAGCGCGGUCUGCCGCGUCCCGCUCACCGCCAUCCUGCUCCUGUUCGAGCUGACGCGGAACUACGCGUCCAUCCUGCCGACGUGCGCGGCCGUGGGCGUCGCGUACUUCGUGACCAUCACCGCGGACGCCGCGAUCCGGCCCGUCGCGGCGGCGACGGUCGUGCCGCGGAGGGAGGAGGGCGCGGACAGCGACGACGAGCGCGAGGCGGUGCGCACGGCCGAGAAGUUCGCCGCCGUCGCCGCGGCCGCCGCGGCGGGCAGGCCGCACGCCGUGGCGACGGGGCACGUGCUCGCCGAGGCGACGCGGGACGCGCGGCUGAGCCAGGUCACGGUGGGCGACGUGGCGGCGGGCCCGGUGGUGUGCGUGGGCCCCGGGGAGUCGCUGGAGGCGUGUUUGGCGCGGAUGCAGGCCGAGGGGGCGUCGGCAGUCGUCGUGGUGGAGGCGGAGGCCGCGAGGGAGAUGGAUGCCGCGGGGGCGCGCAUGGCAACGGCGGGGGAGCUCCAGGCGUUCGCGCGGGGCGUGGCGGCGCGAGACGAGACGGGCAAGUGA